AUGUUCAGAAGCAGAGGAUAACACAGAGGGAGGAGACAAGGAGGAGGAUAGACAAGGGAGCAGACAAGAGGGAGCAGAGACAAGAGACGAGAGAGAAGACUUGUGAUGUGUUGAUUGGGGGCAGAGGAGGACCCGGGAGAAGAGAUAACAGUCACAGAAUGCUUCCAAUCAACCGAGCACAGCUUGGGAUUUUAAGCGGCAGCGACAGUAGCAAGGGGAAACAAGCAACGGCGACUCGACUGAGCCUUGUUCCUGUGGCAAGCAUGGCAGUGGUGGCAUGGGACGGACAAGGGGCAAGGCCAAGUCAGUCAGAUCCCUUUCUCCUGCACGGAAGCUGCAGCGGCACCGGUAGUAGUGAGGGGCAACAAGCAAGGGUGAAUCAACGAAGCCCUCUUCUGUGGCAAAGACGGCAGUGGUGGUAUGGACAGACCUCAGGUCAAUAUUAUCCUCAUAUGUGGAGAACCGGCAGGAGUAAUGGAGUGCGAGGGUACUCGAGAAUAGCACAUGAGUUUAGUCACACUCGAUUCUGGACACUUGAAGAAGUAUGGUAUCCCCCUCCCCCUCCCUCCCCCUUGAUUCCCCCGCCCACCCCUCCUUACUGGUUCCCCAAUCCGCCUCCCCCCCCACCUCCAAUCCCCCUCCUGCGUAAAACUCGCCCCACCACCCCCUCCCGCUGCGGCCUACCUCCCCCUGCGUCCCACCCUCCUGAGCGUCCCCCUGUGUAG